AUGGAUGUCGAUAUCUCCGAUUCUGAGAUCCCAGCACCUAACAACAAUGUAUCAUUCAAUAACAGCGAUUAUGUACCUUACAACCAACGAACAGAUACGUACCUUGUACCCGCAGUAUUUGGUGUCAUCUUCUUGUUUGGUGUAAUCGGGAAUGGAACUCUGAUUUUCACCUUCAUAAAGAACAAAACGAUGAGGACCACGCCCAACACCUGUAUCAUUAGUCUUGCAGUUGGGGACUUUCUGGUCAUCACGGGAACUGUUCCUUUCAUAAGUACGAUCUACGUUUUCGAAAGCUGGCCCUAUGGGGUUGCCGUAUGUAAGCUUAGCGAAUUCCUAAAAGACUUGUCCGUUGGAGUUACAGCCCUAAACCUUGCCAUACUCAGCAUUGACCGCUAUGUAGCUAUUGUAAUGCCUAUUAAAAAGCAAACAGGAACAUAUCCUAAUGCAAUGACUUUGGUAUCUACUGUGGUCAUCUGGAUUGUGUCUGCUGCUCUGGCUAUUCCAGGUGCUUGUUUCGCUUUCUUGCUGGAAUUAGAUGUUCAAGAAAAUAUCAUAUAUAUCUGCUAUCCAUACCCACAAGAUAUGUUUCCCUGGUACCCCCAAACCAUAGUUUUAAUCAAGUUUCUGUUCCUGUAUAUGAUUCCACUGUUAAUUGUUGGAAUUUGUUACACUUUAAUGGCUCGAAGUUUAAUUUACAAUUCACAAUACAUGAUUGACCAAAAUGAGAGACACGCUCGUCUCUUGAGAACCAGGAUCAAGGUUGCCAAGGUAGUGUUGGCCUUUGUGGUGGUCUUUGCUCUCUGCUUUCUCCCUAACCAAGUCUUUAUGAUGUGGUGGUACUUCAACCCCAAUGCUAUGGAACAAUACAACCACUUCUGGCAUGUGUGGAAGAUUAUGAGUUCUGUGCUUGCUUUUGCUAAUAGCUGUCUUAAUCCUAUAGCUCUCUACUUGCUAAGCGAUGUAUUUCGCAGUUAUUUUCGGCAAUACUUAUUAUGUUGUAUUUCGUCAUCAUCUCUCAGGACCAAAUGUCAAAUUCCGACCAAGUCGUUCACCAGCACCACUGUUGCCAAACAAUUACCUCAUACGUCUAACACCCUGUUGUAA